AUGGCACCUUACGAGGCUUUGUAUGGUCAUAAGUGUCAUACUCUGCUAUGUUGGACAAAGUUGGGUGAGCGUCGGGUUUUGGGUCCUGAAUUGGUUUCUAAGACCGAAGAUAAGGUUAGACUGAUUCGGGAUCGUCUGAAGGCGGAUUCUGAUAGACAGAAGUCUUAUACAGAUCUGAAGAUGAGAGAUAUUGAGUACUCUGUAGGUGACUUCGUGUUUCUUAAGUAUCGGUCUGAUCCAUCUCACGUUGUCUCUGUUGAAGAGAUCAAGAUUAAACCAGAUUUGACUUUUGAGGAGGAUCCGAUUCAAAUUUUGGAUCAUGAUGUUAAGGUUCUGAGGAGGAAGUCCAUUCCAUUAGUGAAGCUUCUGUGGCAGAAUCAUGGCGCUGAGGAAGCCACGUAUGGAUCUGAGGACUCGAUGCGUCAGCAGUAUCCUUAUUUGUUCUGA